UCUUUGCCACAGCAUUUGGUGGAAAAAUAAUAAUGCUGCUUCCCACAGCCAUAGCCGCCGCCAGGCCUGGUUCCCCGAUUGGCUGAUUCGGGUCACAUGACCAGGAAUUGGCUGCAAUUUCGCCCCAUAGUUGUUCAGUUUAGCCUACCCAGGUCCCCAUACGCUAGUAAUAUCACCAAUAUACACAAUUAUUAUAUAGCCACCGCAUUUACGCCAUUGCGGUCGGGAGCCUACACGCGUGUGCGUUUUUUCAUUUCGUUUUAUUUUUUUAAGAAGCCAUAUUGUAUUGUGUGCGUGUGUGAGCGUGCGUGUGUGUAUGUGGUUUUUUUUAUUUUUUUUAUUUUGGGGAAGGGAUUGUUUCGGGGGGUCUCGCCGUUUGAGGUUGGAGCCGGUUUCAGGGAGCUAUGAAUUUUGAAUUUGAGAGGGAGAUCGGUUUUAUAAACAGCCAGCCGUCCCUAGCAGAGUGCCUGACGUCCUUCCCCGCCGUCCUGGAGUCAUUUCAAACUUCAUCAAUCAAGGAGUCGACAGUAAUUCCGCCUCCCUUCGAGCACACCAUCCCCAGCCUCAGCCCCUGCACAGCCAGCCAGCCGAGACCGGCUGCUAGGAGCCAGCAGAACCGGAGAACCUCCGUCACUAAUGGCCUCCAGACGCACCAGCGAGCCGCCCAGCAGCCCUGCCCGCCCGGCCAGGCCCCUGCCCCGGCUACGGCCACCCCGGCCGGUCCGCUGGCCCACGAGUUCCCCUGGAUGAAAGAGAAGAAGUCCUCAAAGAAGUGCCCCAAGCCUGGGAGCAGCUCCAGCGGUGGCGGAUCCAUCAUCCCCCCUGCCUCGUCCUCCCCAUCACCGACCGCCUCCGGGUAUGCUUCGGCGGCCAUCGAGUCACCCACAGACCCGAGCCAGGCGAGUCUGGAUGGUGGAGGAGCCGGGUCCCGCCGGUUGCGCACCGCCUACACCAACACACAGCUGCUCGAGCUGGAGAAGGAGUUCCACUUCAACAAGUAUCUAUGCCGGCCCAGGAGGGUGGAGAUCGCCGCUCUUUUGGAUCUGACCGAGCGGCAGGUCAAAGUUUGGUUCCAGAACCGGCGCAUGAAACACAAGCGCCAGACUACGCACCACCGGGACGGCGGCGGAGGCCACGAAUCCAGCGACCCCGGAGGGUUCGAGCCGCUCGAAGGCGCCGAUGCCUCGUCCCCGUACUCAAGCCAGCCUCUGGAAGCAUCGGGCACCGGGGAGGCCACAUCGGACGGCGAGCCCGGGAGCUGCAAUCCAUCCUCCACCGCCUACGCUAUUGACAGCGGGGAUAAUGCACAACCCACGCCGGAGAGGGGAGGCCGAUUGAGCCGUCUCGAACGCCCACCGCUGCCAGCAGCAUCUGGCUCCUCCGACGCUGCUGCUGCGGUUCACCACUCUCCGCCCGUGUACACCGAGACGAACUCUGCUGACAACCCGGGCCUCCUGCAGCUCAGCGAGACCGGGUCCACAGCAGCAGCAGUGUCCGAUCCGUCAUUCUCUGAGCGGCAGGACUCCUCCAUCACGUCAGCCUCCUCCUCUGCUGCUCCUCCUGCCGCCUCCUCCUCCUCCUCCUCAUCCGCGCUCCCCGACCUGACCUUCUUUGCCGGGGACGCAUGCCUGUCUCCCAGCCUGCAGAGCUCACUGGAUAGUCCGGUGGAUUUCUCCGAGGAGGACUUCGACUUGUUCACAAGCACACUGUGCACCAUAGAUCUACAGCACCUCAACUUUUGAGGCCAGCUGCAACGUUUGAAUAUUUAAAAAAAAAAACUAGAAAUAAAAAGGGAGAAGACGGACGGGCGGGCCUGUGUGGAGGAGACUGCGGAGCACUCGAAGCUUCUCGGCAACAUUCCUGAAACAUUUCUGAAUGAAAAAAUUAUGUUUUAAAAUAUUUUUCGUCUUCUUGCUGGUUUUAAUUUUGCGGCUAAAAUGUAAGAAAGAUGCGAAUAUGUUUUAUUUUUUAUUAUUGUUACUUUUAAACAUCGAAGGGAAAUUGUUUUUUUUACCACGAUCGAAACGUUGUGGAUUUUCUCUCCCCUUGUUCAGGUAUUUAUUGCCUUUUCUUGUUUUCGAUCUUUUUUGUUUUAAACGAUUAACCUUUCUCAGUAUGUGUGGAUUUGUUUCCUCUAGUGCAUUCUGGUGCAGCUUCAUGGAUCUUAAUAACUUCUCAGGAACUGUUCACGGAGUCUAGGUGCAGAUAGCUGGACUGCUUUUUGAAAAAUCUCAACUGAAGAAUGAAAUCAUUCUCUCUCUGAACGAGUCAAGACGAGAGAGAAGCCCUGCUGAUGACCCGAGUUUUAGACCAGUUUAUUUAUUGAGAUUCUUUAAUAGUGAAAAUCCAAAUUAUUUAUUGUACAUAUAUUUUCAUAGUGGAAUAAU